CUCUCCCCCUCCGGGCAUAUGAAAAGCGAAGGCAAGCGGGCUCCGUCUUGCUAAACGCAGACGCAGACAUAAGCGAGCCUGGCUGUGGUCUUGCACCUACCAGAGGCGUUGAUUCUGCUGCGUCCGCCUCCUCCGGUCGGUGGCGCUGCCAUGAACAAAGGCUUCGCCCGGAAGAGCCACACAUUCCUGCCUAAGAUAUUUAAGAAAAUGUCUUCCCAGCCGAAGGAGCGUCCUGAAAGCUUGCAGUUCCCCUUCCUGGAUGAUGAAGAAACUAUCACCACAGUCCGGGAAUCGAAAACUUUUUUUAUCCUCCGGGGUCUGCCAGGUAGCGGCAAGUCCACCUUGGCACAAGCCAUCCAAGACAAGUAUAAAGAUGCUUGCAGAGUCAUCUCUGCUGACAUCUACAAAAUCUCACCAGCUAUCAGGAGUGCAAUUCCUGAAGACUACGGCAAGAUGGAUGAGGAUAUAAGCGACUAUUGUAAGCGUGACAUCAGCGUGGUUGUGAUGGACGACACCCACCAUGAACGGGAGCGGCUAGAGCAGCUCUUCGACAUUGCUGAUAAGUAUCGCUACAAAGUCAUUCUUGUAGAGCCCAAAACGCCAUGGAAAAUGGAUUGCUUGCAGCUUAAGGACAAGAAUCAGUGGAAACUUUCAGCAGACGAGCUGAAGAAGCUGAAGCCCAGCUUAGAAAAGGACUUCCUUCCCUUGUAUUAUGGAUGGUUUUUGAGCAAAAAGAGCUCUGAGAACUUGCGGAAGACCGGGCAGGCGUUUUUGGAUGAGCUUGCCAGCGUCAAAGCCUUCAAAAAGGAGUCCAAUAAGCACUUUGGGCAAGCCAGCGAAGACCCCAAAAUGAAAUUUGACUUGACUGGCUUCUUUGUGAAAAGGCCACCAGGGGUCUUGCACUGUACAACAAAAUUCACGGACUUUGGGAAGGCCCCAGGCUCAGAUGACUAUGCACAGCAGGAGGUUGUGAAGUCCUCUUAUGGGAAGGCUUUCUUCCUGACCAUCUCCGCUCUUUUCAUCACACCAAGAACCGCUGGUGCUCGUGUGGAACUGAGUGAGCAACAGAUGCUUCUGUGGCCAAGUGAUGUGGAUGUGAUCCAGCCAGGAGGCACCCUCCCAAAAGGCAGCCGGGCUCACGUCACUCUGGGCUGCGCCAGUGGGAUAGAAGCUGUCCAAACUGGCAUUGACCUCCUUGAAUUUGUCAAACUGGAAAAGGCAGGGAACAAAGGCGAGGAAGUUGGGGAGAUCGGUGGCGGGAAGCUUUUGUCCUAUGGGAAUGGCAUGUGGAUGCUUCUGCUCUCCAAAAAGAUUGAGGUGAGGGCCAUCUUCAGUGGGUACUAUGGAAAGGGGAAACUAGUGCCAACUCAAGGUAGCCAUAAGCGGGGAUCACCAUUUAAUGCCUGCAUCAUCAUCUAAGGUCCCUUAUUGCCGCCACCUUUCCUUUAUGGUAAAGUAAUGAAUAACCUUUUAUAAGAAACCCAAACAUAUACAAAAUAUUGUCUUCCCACUAAAGCCAGCCCUCAUUAAACUUUAGCACAGCAAGUCCCUUGAAAGAGGGACACCCCACCCCUCAAUUCUUCAGGAAAUAAACCAGAGGUCUGGGUGCCUUAGUGGGGAUGCUGGCACAUGUUUAUAUAUAUAAAUUGUUUAAUGCAACUAAACACUUGGAUUUCUAAGCUUCUGAGGGUGUUUUUUUAAAUCUUCUUCCCAGGAGUAUCAUUACUGCUAGUGCUCACAUUUUAUAAAUCCACUCAAUAUUGCAAUCUUAGGCUUGCAACAGAAUGUGGUGGUAUGGCCUCCAUUGCUAUUGGUCGAGUUAAUUCUCUUUUUAGUAUUCCCCCCUGUAAAGUAAACCAGUAUUUCAGGCAAAAGACUAGGCUAGAACUCUCCUCCAUGCUGUGCUAGUUUUCUUUCCAAGAUGGAGUAACCACAAGUGGUAUAGCCCACUUCUAGCCUGAAGUGGAGCAGUCUAUUCCACCACUUUAGGACUCCUGCCAUACUGAACACAUGCAGCUGCCCUAGACCAAGUCAGCUCAUUGGCCCACCUCACUCAGUAUUGUCUAGACUGAUUGGCAGAGGCUCUUUAAGGUUCCAGACAGGUCUUUCCUAGCCCUACCUGGAGAUUGCUAGGAAUUCUUUUCAACUGAGCUACACCCCCUCCUCAUCCUGUUGCUUGUGUAGACUUGGCUCCAGUCACACUUGGAUCACACAGCACUAACCCACGUUCUGUACAACACAUUGCAAAAUUAACAAGGUCAAAAGUUCAAAUGUGGGUUGAGGUUCAAAUUCCAGCUCAGCCACAGACUAACUGGGUAGACUCAUGGCAGUUCUCCUGUUACUUCAUCUUUGAAAAGGGACUCUUAGUUUAAAAAGCCAGACUUUUCUCAGGUCAGGUAAUCCUACUACAGUACUCUACCUUACUUGGUGGUUGGGAAGGGGAAUGAGAUAUUAGCCUACUUAGACUCUGGGGGACAUAAAUCUUAACCCCAAAAGUAUUUAAUAAUAUAUAGAACAAUUAGUGGGGAGAGCUUGAAACACACAAGUUCUCACGUUUUAAUUGGAUGGAUACAGUGGUGGGUUCCUUCCCAUCUCACUACUAGUAUUCCUUCCUCUCAGUCAAUUGAGUGCAAGGCUUGGGUAAUCCCUCCACUCUCCAGUUUCCUUUUAAGCCUUUAAAGCAAAUGCUAGCCUAUUACAAGGAUUGGUAAUACAAGGAGUAUUUGGCCCACCAGAGUUCUGUCUGGUGGGUCAAAGGACAAGUGACGAUCUUACAUGAAUGGGAAACUGUCACUCUUCCUAAACUAGAAGCACCUGCAACUCAUACGCCUGCUAGUCUACCAUAUGUUGGUAUUAGGCAGUGAGGUUGCCUUGGUAUGUUUCAGACACCCAAAGCUGACCAAACUGUCAAGCCUGCAAGAGGUUCAUGGCGUAGUAAGAGAUUGUCUAUCUCUGGCACACAUUUCCCAGUGUGCUCUGUUCCCUACACAAAACUACAAAGGCUAGAAACUUGCUCUUAUUGAGAGACCCACAGUGCUCAAGCUAUAGGCAACAGCAAAGAGCUGGGGAGCAAGAUUAUAUGGCGACAUCUGAAGAAGAAAAGCCUACUUAGCAAUAGAUUGGCUCAAAGUUGCUUGUGAGACAGUUUUACUAUCAUCAAAAUUGCCACAUGCUGACUAGGCUCUAGUAAUCUGUAAAUUGGGAAUGUUGCACACCAGUUCCAGCAAAUUGGCUAAGACUGUUCAGUUGAGGGAAAGUGCCUUUCUGUCCUGCCCUUGCCAAGAACUCACUUGAGAGAUCCAUAUGCCAAUGUCUUAGAUGAGAACUUUCUUCUAUAUAUGUAAUUUUUAUUCUUAAAUACUGAAGGAUACUGCCUUAUAUCGUGCCCCGGAAAGGAGAUCAAAUGAGGCUUUGGAGCGCCUUGCUGUGAAUGAAAAGUUACAGAAAACAUUUUGAAAAUGGGAAAGUGAAACAAGGUUUGCUUUUGGCUACUCUGCUCCAUAUGCACCAACACCUUCAGACUUGUAGACAGGGAGGCAGGCUAUCUUAAAGCCAGACUGCCCAACCAGGGAGUUAUUUGCAUAUGGCUUCAUGCUGCAGAAUAAAUGUUGAGCAAAGUGACUUCGAAGUACACUCGCCGCAUUGAGGGGAGCAGCCCCUCCCCUCUGCUCUCGGGUUUGCUUUUGAUGCAAGUCCACAUGUUUUCCUUCUAACCAGUGGGGGGGGGGAGAGGGAGAGAGUACUGAAGAGCUACAUCUGCAUUUGUAAAGAGUAUCCUUAUGCUAAUGAUUCUACAUCUGUGCCUCUUCCUAUUUACUCCUAUGUUUUCAAAAAAAGUUGCUUAAAACUAGCAUUUUAAAAAGCCAGAAAUACCUCAAGAUAAGCUAGAAUUUGCAAGACAAAGCCCAACUUGUGUGUGGAAUGGGUCCAAGGAUUGGGGGGGUGGGGGUGUAAGUCUGGCUGGUGUGUGAACACACACUCUCCUGAAGGAGAUUUGAGACAGAAGCCCUGUCUGUAAAGCCUUUAGGGAAAGUUUAGUUUUGUUCACUCUCUCGCUUUAGCAGGCCGAAAAUCUCCUCCUCUUACCAUUCCAGUUCUUUCCAAUUUAAUGUAAAGCUAACUAGAAUAUCUGUUUUCAAUUUGUAGUUAAAGCAGUGGUGUUUUGGGGUGGUGUAUUUAUUUUUUUACCCUUGAGUUUACUCCUUGCAAGCCCCCUUGCAAGUUUACUCAGUUUUCCAGAAGCCCAAUAAAACUGAAAAAUUUACAAGUUGCAUUUUUAUGAAUAUUGCCUUCUAAUAUUUGAGUGAUGCAGUACGUGCAGCCAAGUAAUUGUCUGAGCUGCAAAUCAUUCCCUGAGCAGCUGAACAUUCUAUGCCAUCAUGGCAGUUCAGCCAAUCAACCUCGGAGGCUUUGCAGCCACAAGUGCAAUACAAUGCAGACUUGUUAAAAGCUUGCAACAUGAUCAUCAUAUGCAUGUUUACUUGGAAGUAUGCCCCACCUGAAUCCAGUGGACUGGUUUAAGGGGACUGCAGCUCAAUGGAAGCGCAUCUGCUUGGCAUACAGAAGGUCCCAGCUUCAAUCCCUGGCACCUCGAGGAAUGGCUGGGAAAUACUUCUGCCUGAAACCCUGGAGUGCUGCUGCCAGUCACGGUAGACAAUAAUGAGCUGGAAGAACCGUAGUCUAACUUGGAUUAAAAAAAAACCUUAUAGGCAGCUUCUUGUGUAUGUUUACUAGAAGUGGUUUUGGAUCACAGCCUUUUAUUUUAAUUCUUACUGCAAGCCAUUUUAGGUAUUCUCCAGAUGGAAAGCAGGGUAAAAAUCCCCAGUUAAAUAAAUAUGAACAAAACCCAUCUCCUGAAAGCUUGAACUUCAUAAAGGAGCUGCAACAUAUUCCAGAGCCAAAAUGACACCCUGCUCCUUGAAAGCCAUUGUCUCAAACCACACAACUUAAUUAUUAGAGACACCACAUGAGCCAACAUGUAGUGGUUGAAGCGCUGGACUAGGACCAGGGAGACCUGGGUGCAAAUCCCCCUUCAGCCAUGAAACUUGCUGGGUGACUCUGGGCCAGUCACUUCUCUCUCAGCCUAACCUACUUCACAACUUCCUGUUGUGAGGAGAAACCUAAGUAUGCAGUACAAAAAAGCCCCACUCAUCACAGUGGGAUUUGCUUUAUAGUAAACAUGCAUAGGAUUAUAUUAUUAGUCCAUUCACAACUGCAGAAUAAUACAAUGGUCCAUUAGUUCUCCAUGCAAUUCAGUUCCUUCCAACAUUGUCUGAAAUGUCAAAGAUAAGCAGUAAACACCAGAACUAAUGGUUGGCAUAUGCCAUCAUAUGCACAGUAAAUGGCACUUUUGAAAAAGGUGUCUGUAAUUUUUUGUUAGUGAAGAAAAAAAAUCAGAAGUAUUUCAGAGGAUAUGAUUGUCCUUUGAGCUUUUCAUAGUGCUUUGACCAUUUUAGACACAGAGCUUUAUCAUCUUACAAGGUUGUUUUAAGAACUACAGAGAUAAUGUAUGUGAAGCAUUUGGAACAUCCUUAAGAGUGCUAUACAAGAUUAAGAAAUAGUGUUUUAAAUCAAUAGUAUUCUGAAUUCAUCCACAUCAGGAAUGCACACAUACAGGUGGCCCUUGUUAUCCACGGGGGUUCUGUUCUCGCCUACAACCAUGGAUAACGAGAUCUUGAGGCAAUGGGAAUUGGGGGGUCGGUUGCUUGGGGGCAAAAAAGCAGGGAGGCAGAAAUGAGUGAAAUAAUGUACUGUGCCAUGGUCGCCAGCAGUGCCCACCCCCCUUCUGUUUUCCUGCAAGAAGUCACUGGGAAAAUCCCCCCCCCCGGAAGAGCCACAAAAUAGUGGCCGGAAAUGACCUCAGAGUUCGUUUCCGGCCACGCAGGAACUGCGAAUAGGCAAAUUUUCCAGCAUUUUUGUAUCUGUGAAUAAUGAGGUCAGAUCUCCAUUGCCUGACUGUGGAUACCCAAAACUACGGGUGCUGGAGCUGCAGAUAAUGAGGGCCACCUGUACCAAGAGAGAGACUAAUGGAUGUUUGUUUAAAAACUUCAGUUCUCUUAAGUACAUGAAGAACCCAGUAAAAAAAAUAAAUGCAGAGUUGUCUAUGGAUUCUUCAGUUACUGAUUAAACAUAGAAAAUUUACAAUUUUUUUUAUAUAUGCCUUUUGACUUUAUAGUAGUAACUCAUCCUGGUAUAUAGUAUGCCUAGUUUUGUCUAAACAUAUUCUAAAAGAAAAAGGCAUGACCCAUCUAAAGCUACGCAUUUACAUGUACCAUUUAUAUUAAUUGGUAAGAUUCAAACAUGUGCUUAAUGUCAGCUGGAUCAUGCCCAGAAUCUGGUGAUGGUACAAUGUUUUGGAUAUACAACUGAAUAGCUUAAACUCCCAGUUACCUUGCUGCAAAUAAAGAUUUCUGUUUGUUUCUGUGUGAUAACAUCCGGGCAACUUCUUAUUUCAUGCAUUAAUUCUGAGCAGAAGUAAUACAACUAAGCUUGGUAGUCAUGGUCACAAAUAUUGCAAAUUUCAGUUUCCCCCAGAAUGUCUCUCUCUUCCCCCAGCCUGUCAUAAAAAUGUCUAUAAAUUAGGCAUGUACAGUUUAACAAAUUGAUUACUUACUUGAAGUAUUCCAGCCAUAGCAGUAUUCACAUGCGACAUGUCUCCAGCACGUCCAAAAGUACUCAGCCUUGAAUGGGUUUCCCCCCUUUUAUUCCCUGUUGUAAAGUUGUGUAAUGCACAAUCUAGGGAUGUAAACGACUCCAACUCCUGAGCUGAUUUAUUCAUGAGAAGUGUUACAAGAUCAGGGGUCUCCUCCAGUCCUCCAUGAUAUUGUCAUACAACCUCACUAAACAUGACCCUUGAUGUGGAAAUGAUCUCCUAGAUAAACAGUAAGAACAUGGAAGCAAGACAUGUCCUAAAUAACCCUUACAGACUUAUUUACUCCUUUGUUCAUGUGAACGCGUCCCUAGUCAACUAGUAGUUGACUGCAGUUAUGUUUAAAGGGAAGGUAUGGACUAAAUUCAUACUUCAAAUGGUAGUCUAAAAUUCUAAUGCAUUAUUUAAAGCUAGAUGGUUGGGUUUGCUUUUGUUCAAAGUCUAAUUCUCUGGAAUGUUAGUUACACAAGGGGAAGAUGAUCAUGCUAACAAUGUCACUCAAGAACAUAUGCCAGUUUUAUCAGAAUUUUUUGUGCAUAAUAUUUGUGCCAGAUCUUAUGAUGUCCCUUAAUGGUUGUCUAAUGGUCAAAUCUCUGUUAAUAUAUCUGCCUUGAAGUACAGUCAAAGCCUCUUUUUACCCAUAUGGAAGUAUAUUUCUCUCAAUGGUUCUGACUGGCAUUGUAACUUUGGUUUGUUUUUUUAAAAAUGAUUUAACUCUUGAUUCAGGGCUAAAUAGCAGCUUAUAGCAACUGUAUAUUGAAAUAAAUCCAUUAUUAAUAUACA